AUGUUGAAGUUUAAUUUAGUUUUGAUUGCCUUAAUGGCCUUCAUUCCUUCCCACAUGCUGGAUUCAGUUCUUCAGGAUGAGGCAACAAUGUUUGGGAAUUUGAAAUAUGACUCUCUACCAGAGCGCGUGAAAGAAGUCUUGCGCGAAAGUAGAGCCCCUGGCGACGAAACAGCUCACUGGUGCUGUAACAUAAAUCCAACCAAAACGAUAGUGGAUUCCCGAACCGUGUCUGUGACUGUUGUCAUCCCCAUAAAACACACCCACUCCAAGAGCUGUGGAUUCCUGUGGCUUAGCAGAUGUAGCUCUACCUCUUACACUACUGGGUACAAGAGGGCGUACAAAGCGAGUUACACAAGCAGACUGGUGCCGACAUCAUGUCCAGACGAACAUCUAGUCUGCUGUAAGGAAUACAUCAAAGUUGCCGAUCAGUGUUUGCCCCAGAGCCGGCUUCCUGACAUUAAGGACGACUUGUUGAAAUUACAUGGCGCGGGUGUGGUGAUUGGUUGA